AUUGAUCGAGCAGUUGCGCGCACUCUUGGUUUUGUAGUGGUGGUUUAUUUUUCUUCCUCGAUUUGGACGAUGCAUGCACCGUGUGUCGCGAACGAAAUUAAAUUAGCGUGAUGCUCUUCGACUGAUAUCCGGCUUCGCCAUGGAAGAAGCUACCAAAUCGUCAACGCCUCCUGAGUUGGCAAAAUUGCUGCCGGAGCCGUCGUCGUCCGGCAGCGAAGAGAACACCCAAGCGACGGCUACAUCGACGCAACCUUCUCAAGUGUCGACCAAUGUUACGUCGUCGGCUUCAGCGUCUACCACGCAGGGGUCAGAAACCGGUUCCGCGACCUCGAAGGAGCCACGGGGUGAAGAUACAGAAGAAGGGGGAGACCUGUUGAGCAACUUGAGCCACUACUUCUACCAGAAGCUUGGCUUUGACACCGACGAAGAGGCAGUCCAUGUGUUGGAGGAACCCACGCUCGAUGGCAUCGUGAGGUACAUCCACGGCAAAAAGUGCAAGAACGUCAUCGCCAUGAUCGGGGCCGGAAUCUCCACAGCGGCUGGCAUUCCAGACUUCAGGAGCCCCACGAGCGGCAUCUACUCCAAGCUCGGCAAAUACAACCUGCCCUCCCCGGAGGCCAUCUUCGAAAUCGGCUACUUCAGGCGGAACCCCGCCCCCUUCUACUCAUUGGCUAGGCAGCUCUUUCCCCAGGACCUGAAGCCGACGCUGAGCCACUACUUCCUUCGCCUCGUUCACGAGAAGGGGCUCCUGCUCAGGCUGUACACCCAGAACAUUGACGGCCUGGAACGAGUGGCGGGCGUCCCCGUAGAGAAGAUAGUGGAGGCUCACGGCACCUUCCACACCUCGCACUGCAUCAACCCGGCGUGCAACCGGAUAUUUACCCUCGACUGGCUACGAGACAAAAUUGCUAAAGACAUUGUCCCGUUCUGCCCCGUGUGUUCGAGCGUCAUCAAGCCAGAUAUUGUGUUUUUUGGAGAACGACUGCCCGAGCGUUUCUUUGAGCUGUCCGAAGAGGACUUUGCCAGGUGCGACCUCCUGAUCAUCAUUGGCACCUCACUGCAAGUGCAGCCCUUUGCGGGACUGGUUGACAAGGUCCACAACUCGAUCCCUCGUCUGCUGAUCAACCUCGAGAAAUGCGGUCAAGGGAACCUCAUGAGCAAGAUCCUGGGCCUGGGCUGCGGCCUCGACUUCGACUCGGAGGCAAACUACAGGGACGUGGCAUUGCUGGGAACGUGCGACUCGGGCUGCCGCCUGGUGGCCGAUCGUCUGGGCUGGAAGGACGACUUGAGUCGGCUCAUCGAAAAGGAGGAAGCUGCACGAAUAGCACUGGUGGAAGCCACUGCGGCCGCCAAAUUGGCUGCAGAAGAAGCCACGGCUGCGGCUACGGCUGCUGUAAAGCAACAGCUUCAGAAGCAACAGCAGCAGAAACACGAAGAGGAAUCUGAAAAGAAAGCUGUGGCAGCUCCCAGCAAGCCAUGAGAAUGAAGUCUCAGUGCCUGCUGUACCCUUCAGACGAACCCCUGCAGACAUCCUGCAUCACCAGCAGCACUUCAGAAGACAGCUGAAGUUCUUGCCCCUGAUGACCAAGAAGCAGUAAAUCGAAUCCCCAGAUUUUUUAAAACUUUUUUUCCUUGUGUUGACAGUAUGGGGCCGCUUCCACUUCUGUGUGCGUCUUAGAUUGCCUCACGCAUUUCGGCACUCCAUCGAUCGUUUUGAGAUGAAACACUGUGCCAAUAGGCAUUCUUUUUUUUUUUUUUUUUUGUCUUCCAAGGCAUGCUGGUUGCUACAGUCUCACUGUAAUGCUUUGUUUCGGCAGUCGUAUCUGUAAGCCACACACAUUCCCCUGUCAAGCUGCAGCCUUUAUGACCGAGGACCAUACCACAAAGUUAAAAAUGCAGCCAUCGUAACCCAGCAUCCUACAAAGAAACUGCGGUAACCUGCGAGCGCUCGGACAACAUAAGCAUUUGUCAGUGACCAGCGCGGUGAAAUGCAUACUGUAACGCAGAACCCGCAUCGCAUGCACAGUUGGAACUACAACGAAGUCCCUUCAAUCCCUCAAUAGAACUUGCAGGUUGCCUGCGUGUACGACUUGAUGACAAACAGUUUAAGAGUGCUAGCUUCUUUCUCUCCCCGCUAUUGCAACAUAUCAGGGUGUGAGGCGUCGUUGCUUCCGCAAUUGGGAAAACGGUCUUGGCUUGCUGCGGUGGUAAUCGUAGAGAGCAACCAAUGUUAACGUGUGCUGCAGUCCAUGUCGGGCUCUCUUGUAUAGUAGUAAACCCAAAACGUUAGUGGAAAAAACCCCGUUUCGACAAUCUCUUUGCCGGUCUCGAAUACGAGUAGCCUACCUCUCAAAGUGUCGUGCAAUAAGAACUGAAAGUUGUCCGUUGUCUUCUUGCUGCCGUUAUAGAUUACAUAUCCUUGCCCGAUGUACACAAAGUUAAAGGUGUCUGUUUGUCGUCCUGCGGUCGCCAUACUGCUAUACAAUGGGGUGUGUUGCUUGUUUUGUCUUGUGCACUGUAUUUUUUUUUUAUUAUUAUUAUUAUUAUUAUUAUUAUUAUUAUUGCAAUGGACCUUUUUUUAGGGUUAUUGUAGCCUCUCCUAAUAAGUACUGAGAGACGUCUUCUGGGUAUCUCGGUAGUUAAUUACUUUAGCGACGUUCCUCGGCGAGUCUGCCGUCGAAAGCGGUCUUUGAUGUUGUGCGUUUUCCACAAAUACUAGUGAGCACAAAAUUGAAAUCGAGAGGGAUCGGUGUGAGGGAGUGAUUGUCCAGCAGACAAAAAGGUGAAUGGAAGUGUGCUGCAAUAGUGAAACAGCUUUGCAAAGCGCAAGGUGUAAGCUGCCGACAUUCCGGCUGGGUUACCACCCAUGUUUGCGACACCACACUGCCGUAUGCGACGAUUUGGCCCCUCCUGCCGCCAAUUGCUCUCCUUUGAUUUCACCUUGAAUAUCAAUGAACAUGUCAGUUACCUUGACUUUCGUUAGGAUUUAUGGUUAACGUAAUGCUGCCCGUAUUGCCCAUGCUUACAAUUGGAACUAUAGAAAUGGUUCUUACUUCGAACUAAGAUUUUCAUCCGCAUGAGAGUUUGAAAAGAGUGCUUUGUGCGUACUCACUCUAAUGUGCAAGCCGAGUUGGAUCUGCUUUUAUUUUUACAUGCAUGUAUUGAUGUGCCUUUCCCUUCUAGUUUGAGGCAGUACAGGAUGUAAGAAUGGCCAGAAACAAAGAUAAGUGAAACGAUUAAGCUUAUUUUGGCAUUGGUAGAAGGCUGUUCUUAGUAUAGUUAGAAUUUCAAAGCCAAAUUCGCACAGCAAGUUGCACAAACUUCUCUUCAUAAGAGAAUCAAAAGGCUGAACAAAAUAUAUUUCCUCACUCUUAUAAAUAUUUUAUGGGUUUCUAUUUUGAAAAUGAGGUAUCGGGCUUGGUGCUAAAAACCAGAUUAAACCACCAACACAUCUCAACACUUUGCAUUUGUGGUAGAGAUUGAAUCCCUAUGUAAACGUUGAAGGCUCCUCCCAUACAGUUCCUGCUCAUGGUUUGUUGCGUACCAAAUAUUGUUUAAUGUCCAAUGGAAUGAGGCACUACAAGAGUACGACCAAGAGAACGACCGUCAGAUUUUCAAAUGCACAUCAUUACGGCCUUCAUCAAACUUCUGGGAUUUCGAGUAUAAUGGUGGGCUUCCACAGGGGUACCGUAGUAUAUGUAUUUGAGUUCCUAAGGCUUCCUUAUUCUAUUGCUUCCUUUGUGCGUGUUCACGACGGUAGCCUGAAACUUGUAUGCGUUUGUGCAAUUAUUGGGCCCGUUUCUGUUGUGAAUAAAGUAUGGUUACUUUUA